AUGGCCUCGUCCUCGCCCCCGGCCAGGGUGCACUUCAACGUCGCUCGCAACAACCCGCUGCUGGCCGCCGACGACAAGAUGAGCUCGCCCAAGCCCGUCGUGGUCAACGCGCCCGCGCCGCCGGAGCGCAUGAGCUCGAGCUCAACUGACGGCUCCUUCGACUCGGACUACGUGCACGAGGCCGACGCGGGCAACGCGAGCCUUGGCGGGCUGCCCAUGGACGAGGGCCAGUAUCAAUUUGCGCCGCCCGUGCAACCCAUGAGCAGCGGCGCCGACGAGCUGCCUCCGCUGCCCUACAGCUACAGCACCCAGAACCCCCAGGGCACCCGCAGCAUCCGCAUCAUGACGGCCGACCUGCCGCCGCCGGGCGCCCAUCAGCAGCACAGCGCCCAGCACAGCGCCCACACCCCUCACGCCAGCGCCGCCUCUGCUGCCCGCACCCCCCGCCCUGGCGCCGUCCGCACGCCCUCCAACGCCUACAACCCCGCCCGCCGUCCGCAGCAGUUCUCGCUCAACACCACCGCCUCGCACCGCGGCCGCAACAACUCGGCCACGCGCUCGCGCCGCAACCCCAACCCCAACGCCGACUACCGCGCCCAGGAGAAGGCCUACGUCCAGCGCAUCACCCAGGGCGACGAGCAGGAUGGCUACGCCUUCGACCCGGCCAUGCGCACCCCGAGCCUGGGCUACAGCACCGACAGCGGCACCGACGACGAGUCGCCCUCGACCGCAGACUACGCCGAGAACGACCCCUACGACCAGGAGACGCUGCUGUACUACGGCAACGACGACAUGCAGCCCUCCAUCGAGGAGCUCAAGAUCCCCGAGAACCGCGAGCGCCUCGAGUGGCAUUCCAUGCUCGCCAGCGUCCUCACCGGCGACGUCGUCAAGCAGGAGAAGAAGCGCCUGAUUGGCAGUACCGAGCAGCAGGGCGACAGCACCCUCAAGGCCGAGAUCUGGAUGGGCAUCCGCGCCCGCGUCUGCGGCCGCUCGCUGCAGGCCCAGCGCCGCAUCGUCGACGACGCCCGCGGCAAGAUCAAGACGCUGCUCGAGACCAUCAUCUCCUUCGAGGUCGAGGGCGCCACCGAGGCCGGCCAGACGCCCCAGCAGCAGGUCCAGGACGUUGUCAAGAAGAUCGAGAAGAUCGAGAGCGCCUACCCUACCCGCCAGGCCCUCGAGGCUGCCUAUCCCAGGGCCGCCUCGCCUGCCUACCACGACGCCUGUGACGCCGUCAUCGCCUGGGACAACACCACCGUCCUCAUCAACACCGAGAUGGCCAUCCUGAAGAUGUGGGUCGGCAACGAGGAGCUCGACUUCACAAAGCCCCGCCCACGCUCCUCGCAGGACCACCAUCUCACCGACGAGUCCUCGUUCAUCGACCGCAUCCUCAAGGAGGACGGCCUCAAGUCGCUGCAGGGCGAGACCAACCUGCUCAUCCCGCUCGAGAAGGUCAUCCAAAAGGCCAAGAGCACCCUGAUCACCAAUGCAGAGGGCUUCGCUGAGCGCCAUCUCCCACCCUAUAUCGAGGAGCUGCUCACCCUCAUCAACUUUCCCUCGCGCCUGCUGCAGGAGAUUAUCCGUGUCCGACUGUCGUACGCAAAGAAGAUCAAGGACCCCUCACAGCAGGGCGUCAUGAUGGCUGAGCAGAUGAUUGCCCAGUUCCAGAUCCUGCUCCGCAUGGCUGGUCAGGUCAAGGAGAGCUACCUGGUCAUCUCGCGGCCAGAGCCAGGCUGGGACCUUCCCCCUUGCAUUGAGGAGAACUUCGACAGUGUUGUCCUCGAUGCGUUGAAGUUCUAUUUCAGGAUGCUCAACUGGAAGCUGGCUGCCAACAAGAACACUUUCAAGGAAGCUGAAAUCCUCGAGCAGGAGUGGGACUUUUGCAACAGACUCGGCAGGCAACUCCAGGGUGGCGAUGUCGAGACUGCCGAGCAGUUCAGUAUCCUUACCUCCAAGUCACUUACCCGCCUCAGCGCUCACUUUGAGCGUGAGCUGCAGCGCAGGCCCGACGAGCUCACAGGCGCUGAGAUGGAGAAGCGGUACAAGCAGAUCCUCGACUCUGUCCGUGUCCGCCAGCGUAAGCUGUUCCGUUUCUCCAGGAUCCUGACGCAGAGGUUCGAGAAUUGCACCGAGUACAACAUCAACCAUAUUGACCUCGACGAUGAGCAGCUCAACGACUUGUACGAGUGCCUCAUGGCCAACGGACACUUUCUCGUCGAGACGACUGGAGGCAACAACGCCGGCGUCUACAUCAUCGCCUCGCCGACGCUGGAGAACCGCCCCAACGAUAUCCAAUCCUUACUCACCACCUGCUACCACGCUGAGGAAGGUCCCGAAGAUCCGUCGAACCCAUACGUCCUGAUCAUCAGACCAGAAGACGCCCUCUACUGGUCUGGCAAGAGGAUGUCCGGCAACAUUCACGAACCGCACCUCGAUCUGAAGGCUGGGAGGUUACGACUAGUCGCCGACGGUUCUCAACAGCGCCUUGCCAACGCCAACGCAUCUUUCCUGCAGGCCAUCGGCAUGUACUUGAACACACUCAUCGACCAGAGGGCCAACCUUCCUCGUGUUAACUCGGAGCUGCAGAAGAUCAAGAAGACGGCGUACACGCUGUCAAACACCAUCAUCAACAGCGUCGAGAUUGUCCGGAAGCAGACGGUCGGUCUAGACUGCCAGGAUCUCAUCCAGACUUGUUUCGCUUUCGCCACUGAGUUUGGUCAGCGUUCCGUGCUGUAUAUGGACUACAACCGGCGAGCCAUGAACAACAUCAAGCUGACCAGGCUGGCUCUGGACUGGGUCAGCUUCAUCUGCGAUGACUGCGUAGCCUCAGAUCGAAAGACCUUCCGAUGGGCUGUCGUAGCGCUGGAAUUCGCAAUGAUGAUGACGCGUGGCCAGAACAUCCUCUCUAUCAGCGACGAGGAGUAUACAAAGCUACGCGCCAAGGUGGCAGGGUGCAUGUCAGUAUUGAUAUCACAUUUCGACAUCAUGGGUGCGAGGUCGACCAUUGCUGCACAAGCCGAGAGGCAACGGCUCAACGCCAUCGCAGGCAAGAGCUUGUUGGACCCGAAGAACUCGAAAGAUGACGAAGAGUCUAUCGAGAUGACGCAGAUGCAGUGGAUGCAGAGGCUCGAAGAGAUUGAUACCUUCAGGAAAGAGAAGGAAGCCGAACGACAGGCGCUGGGCAGGGUGCUUGAAGAUUCUAAUGAGGCCGAUCGCGCACUCACUUAUCUGUCUUCUUCGGCAACCAACGUUACUUUGCGAUGGCAACAGGGCCAGUUCGUCGGUGGAGGUACAUUCGGUUCUGUGUACGCCGCCAUGAACCUCGAUUCUGGUCACCUUAUGGCUGUCAAGGAGAUUCGUCUCCAGGACCCUCAGCUCAUCCCUACCAUUGUUGCUCAAAUCAAGGAUGAGAUGGGUGUGCUGCAGGUGCUGGACCACCCUAACAUUGUCUCGUACUACGGUAUCGAGCCCCACAGAGACAAGGUUUACAUCUUCAUGGAAUACUGCUCUGGCGGUUCUCUUGCUGGCUUGCUUGAGCACGGUCGCAUCGAAGACGAGACGGUCAUCAUGGUCUAUGCGCUGCAGAUGUUGGAAGGUCUUGCCUAUCUCCACGACGCAAGGGUCGUUCACCGCGACAUCAAGCCUGAAAAUAUCCUUCUCGAUCACAACGGUGUCAUCAAGUUUGUCGAUUUUGGUGCGGCCAAGCUCAUCGCCCGCCAAGGCAGAACCCUCGCCGUUGACAACACCACCCGCCGCGAGAAGCAAGGCUCCAUGACCGGCACGCCCAUGUACAUGUCUCCAGAAGUUAUCAAAGGCGGCAGUACAGGUCGCCAUGGCGCCGUCGACAUCUGGUCGCUGGGCUGCGUGAUUCUUGAAAUGGCAACGGGUCGCCGCCCGUGGGCAUCCAUGGACAAUGAGUGGGCCAUUAUGUACCACAUCGCGCAAGGCGAUCCGCCGCAGCUUCCCACCCGCGACCAACUCAGCGAACAGGGCAUCGACUUCCUGAUGAAGUGCUUCGACCGUGACCCGAACAAGCGCGCCAGCGCCGUCGAAUUGCUCCAGCACGAAUGGAUCAUGACGUUGCGCGCACAGCUCAGUCUGGAGCCCCAGACGCCCGGCACAGACUCGGGGAGCCAGAGUGGGAGCAGCAGUAGGCAAAACUCCCACUACGGCUAG